GGGCGAGUCAGGCAGGGCUCCGCUGCGGCGAGGAGCGGGGGUUUGGCGCGGACGUUUUGGAGUUGCCUGAUUGGCGCCACGGACCUAAAGCAAAGGUUGUGAAUCGGCUGUUUUCCCUGCGACCACCGCCACUGUCGGGGGCACAAGCAUGGCCGUGACGCUGACCCCUGUCUGUCCCUCAAGUCCUAGCGGAGACUCAUCCGGAGCCCACAGCCCCUUCCUUUGAAGCUCACCGCUAAAGGAAAGAGGGCUUAUUCCCAAACUCGUUCAACUGAAUCCCUCAAUAACUGCAGCUUUUGUGAAAUCUCGGUUGCACCACAAUAGACUGGUUUGAGGAAACAGAACAACACGCAGCGAGCAGACCGGUAGUGGCCCCGAGAGCUACCUUGAAGAUGACCAAGUCAGCGUGAGGCCCUCACAGGAGCCGCAGUGCGAAGUGAUCACGCAAAGAAAAAUCCAAGGAACAACUACAGAGACAUGCCGAAAACAUUCGGAAACAGCAGCGACUGCAAAUUAAGAAGCCCUGGACCCUGGAACAGAGCGACUGAGAGGCAGGACAUACUGAAGCUGCAUCCAACCUAGGAAGCCACGCCGCAGAGUGGACAGCGCUGUGCUGAGAGUGCGGAGGACCACCUGACCCCUCAGCCCGUCCGUACAACGGGACGCCAGCAGGACGGCUGACUCGAGUUUGCCAUGUUCCUCCCGUGGCUCCGGGCAAGUCCUCGAGCCCAUUUGUGUUCUGUCCAGUUUGGACACCAGGAAACGGGCACACUGAAUGUUCUGGCAGAACCCGUGUGGACACUGUUUGGGGGUCAUCGGCCAUGGCUUGGGCUCGGGCAGAGCGCCUUCCUUCCAGCGAGGCCACGAGCGGGCAGUGGGAGCAGUGGGAGCAGGCUGACCCCGCCUCGCCCCGAAUCGGCCCUUCCACGGCCUCGGAGCCCCCUGUGAACCCUCAGAAGGCGGCUGUCUGGGGUGAGCGUGCGUUCCAGGAGCUUCCGCACCUGAGGUCGGUCUCCUGGGACUGAAGAGAGGGAGAGCACGCGCCAGGACCGUUAGGAUUGUCAAAAUGGUUGAUUGCCAGGAUGUCUCUGUGGGGGUCAGUCAAGGGCCAUCUGCAAACCAGGGCCUGGAGGGAAGGCUCCCUAAGGGAGGUCUUCCCGUCCCAAAGGAAGUGAACCGCAAGAAGAUGGCCGAGACCAGCGCUGCCUCCCCGACCCCACCGGGCAGCCAUGGACUGUGCGCCCCGGGCGUCAGCUACCGCCACUCUUUCUGAUCCACCUUCAUUUGUAUUGCGUAUGGUGUAUGGGGAUUGAUGAGGUCAUGGUAUCAUAUAUGGAAUUUUUUUCUGUGUAAAUCAUCAAGUGUAAGAAGAAACCAUGGGACUCUGAGCCUUGCUUUAGAGAAUUUACCUUGGACAAAUAGGUAUCAUCACACCAGUUUUCAGCCGUUCUGACUCAAGUGGAACGCUCAGAAGUUCACACUGUGAAUCCACGUUUACAGACCCUACAGGUGGGCCCACAGGCCUGGUCGUCACAGCAACGUCUUCCACAACUCACACCCCUCCGUGCCUCACCUCCGGUCCACUCCUGUCUUCCACACACACAGCUCCCGACUGCUUCCGGCAGAGGCUGAGAGUCCCCCUUUUUUUUUUUUUUUUUUUUCAUUUAGCUGUAACAAGCCUAGUGGUUUAUGUCCAUCGACUGUCUGUAUAUCUAUAUUUUGCCCAUGUACUCCUCUGAUGUAUAGAAGUAGUUGACACUCAUUGUUUCCUCGUGGUAAGUGACGAGAUGCUGCCACAGGACCUGAGACACUGAUGAAUGGUGCUAUUUUGGACUUCUCAACAUGCUCCCUGGCGAGGUAGCUCUGAUGGAGUUAUUUUUUAUUUCCAUGUUCCAAGAAGGCGUUGGUCCUCUGUCCCCCUGAGUGUUGUUCUCGCGACUGGACUGACUGGUUUCCCUUGUCUGCAGUGUGCUGCUUCCUCAGUGUGGUCGUGGAGUGGGUGCUGCCAGAGCACGUGGGGGCCGGGCCCCUGGGCCGGCGCCCACGGACACGCAGGCCCGGUGGUGGGAGCGAUCACAGAACCGUAACUGAGGGCCAGAGCUCUUCCUUGCUGUCGCCUCGCCUGCCUGACGUAGAGAAAGAAAAGCAAUAAUUUUACAGGCGUUUUCGAGGUGUCUCUUGGGGAUCUUUGACAGGAAAUUUGGAAAACAAAAGGGUCAAUUCUUUUCUAAUAAACGCCCUCUGAAAAAGCCAAAGGAAUAGGAAAUUGCGCCUUUCCCAAAAGCUAAGCUGGGAAAGGUCUCGUGACAAAAAUACUCACGAUAAACGCAGAAGUAAGGCGGAGAGCAGUCUCUCAGCAGAUUCUGAUACGCAAGGUGCAGAUUUUACACUUUUGUCCUUGCUCCCAGGGAAAAGGAAAAACAAAACCCAAAUCAGACGGUCCACCUCGUGGAACGCGGUUGUGCUGGCCAGCCUGGAAGCCCACCUCGAUUUUUAUAGAGCUGUCCCCUGGCUCUGAGCUCUUCCGCGUCUGGCUGUUGACACCGACGAUGCAUGCACGGACCUCUGCCUCCUCCCGUGCCCCCAGCCUGAGUCCCGCGUGCGCUUCUCCCGCACCCCGUGUGUUAGCCUAGGUGAACCCCGUGUACAUAGAGCGAGACGCUGGCUCCUGCAUCUGUGGCGUUUGCGUAGAGUCCAGCCCUGUGCCGCUGGACUCGCAGGCUUUGUAACGAUGCGAUCCUUCCUGACGCACUCCUGAAAAGUACCCAGUGUAUUUUAGCUACUUUAGUAGUAUUUGUUCAAUAAACAUGCAAGCUGUAAGGUGA